GGCUUGUUUUCUUUCUUUCAUCUUCAUUUUUCAUUCCAUUCUUCCCUCUCUUUUUCUGUGUCUCUACUUUGUGGACUCAUUAGUCAUUUUUUUUUGUUUUCUAUUAUUGAAUUCUUUCCUUUCUUGAGAGAGACAAAUCUUGCUUUCUAGUGAGAUAAAAAAAGGAAAAACCCACAUCAAGUUCACAUAAUGCUCUGGAUUGGUUUUGAAGCCAUAUCCAAAUCUUUGUUCUUUGGAUUGCUCUGACUGAUACUGGAGUUGAUCAGAUGUGUAGUAUGUGUCAUCAUUGUGGUGCUGAUCCUGCCAAGUCUAAAAUGGACGAGGCAAAACAGGCAAAUGAAAAUUAUGCAAAUUUAAGUAAUGGAGGCUCCCUUUUGUCCUGUAAAGUUUGUUUGGAGAAGCUUGCAGGGCAACCAGUAAAACAGGAUGGUACAAGUCCAUAUUGUAAACCAAUGAUGAGUCCAACUACGUCCUUGUCAAGCAGUGAUUGUUCAUACUCAGGCUGUAGUGAUUUUGCUGUUGAUAUAAACUCCUCUGAUAGGCCUAAUGGUUGGUUGCAGAGGCUGAGCUUAGAAGAUUCAAUGGAUGGAGUUGGUAGACAAAAUAGAGUGGCAGAAAACAGCUUGAAGGAUGGUAAAAUGAGGAAUGAUGAUGUUGAGAUAGUUCAAUCUAGUAAUGAUCAAGAAGCAAAAGAUGUUGAAGACACGAGUAGGUCCUCUGAUGAAGAGACUGAGAUUUCUGUAUCUAAUGAUUGUGAAAUGGAUGGUCAUAUUUGGGAACCACCAGAACCUGAAGAUCCAGUGGAUGACUUUGAGCAUACUGUGGCUUAUGAUGAUGAUGAAGAGGAUGAGAGGGAGUGGGGCAGGCCAAACUCUUUGAGUCAUAACAAGGAUGAGGGCAGUGAGAGAUACAAGUUUAAAGAGGACAAACAAAGAGCAAUAGAAGAAAUAACAAAUGGGAAAUUCAAAGAUACUGUGAAUCAGCUUCUAAAAUCUGUGGGUGUUGCCAUUUCUGUGAAGGAUGAUGAAAGUUGGGUGGAUAUUAUUACUUCCUUAUCAUGGCAAGCUGCUUCGUUUCUGAGGCCUAAUUCCAAUGAUGGCAGGACAUUUGGUCCAGUUGGCUAUGUCAAAGUGAAAUGCAUUGCAACUGGUUCUCGCAGCCAAAGUCAAUUAAUUAAAGGGUUGGUCUUCAAAAAGCGUGCAGCUCACAAGCACAUGUCAACUCAGUACAAGAACCCCAGGUUGUUACUAAUCCAAGGAGUGUUGGGUCAGUCUUCUAAUGGUUUGUCAUCGUUUGAUUCUAUGCAUCAGGAAAAGGGUCAUCUGAAGACUCUUAUUGAGAUGAUAGACAUGUUGCAUCCAGAUGUGGUCUUGGUGGAGAAAACUGUUUCACGUGAUGUCCAAGAGUCUUUUCUAGCCAAAGGAAUCACAUUGGUCUUUGAUAUGAAGCUUCAUCGUCUGGAGAGAGUUGCUCGCUGUACUGGUUCACCAAUCAUAUCUUCUGAGAUUUUGAUGAAUCAGAAGUUACAAUCGACUGACUUGUUUAAGCAAUGUCACUCCUUUCAUAUUGAAAAGUUUGUGGAGGAACAUGCUGCUCUUGGUGAAGGGGGAAAGUGCCUAAGUAAAACAUUGAUGUUCUUGGAGGGCUUGUCGACGCAUUUGGGCUGCACUAUUUUGCUGAAAGGAAGUCAUUCUGAUGAACUAAAGAGGGUUAAGUCUGUGGUGCAAUAUGCAGUUAUAAUGGCAUAUCAUUUAAUCCUUGAAACUUCUUUUCUUUUAGAUCAGAGAGCAAUGUUCUCUACCAUUCCUUUCACGCAGGUGGCAGAUGGUAUGCCUGUGUUUCAACAAUCUCAUUCCUUAGAAACUGCUAGAUUAAGUAGUUCUGUUGAUGACCAUACUGCAACUAUGACUGAGUUGUAUACCACUGAUAUUUCCAUUUCCAAUGGGUACCAUGAAGGUGAUUCCGACCCAAAUUCAGAUAUGGAAGGUGAUAAAAUUGGGAACAGGGGAUUAGAUUACAGCCCAGCAAUUUCUUUUGAGCCAUAUAAUCAUGCUAUCCUUUCUGGGCUAUCCACUUCUUCAGCUGCUCUUAAAAAGAUUGCAGAAACAGUUCCAGUAUUGGAAAAUUCUGAGGUGUUAGAUUGUGAUGUAGAGGCUAAUGGAAGUUCUGCUGAAAACAAAUGUGUUGAAGAUGGAGAAGCUUCUCUGUCAGCUUCCUAUGAAGACCCAGUAAGGGACAUAGACAAUCUUUGUAACAAUGACAAAGUGCAGAGCAAGGAUGACAUCAAUAUGGUGCCAGAGUCACUGAGUAUUUUGGUUCUCAUGUCUAGUCGAAAUGGUUUAAGAGGAACUAUUUGUGAGCAGAGCCACUUUUCUCACAUUGUGUUCUAUAAGAAUUUUGAUGUUCCUCUAGGGAUGUUCCUCCGAGAUAAUUUACUCAAUCAGAAAAGGCAGUGUGGCACGUGUGGUGAAUUGCCUGAUGCACAUUUUUUCUAUUAUGCACAUCAUAAUAAGCAGCUGACAAUACAAGUUAAAUGGCUUCCUAAUGAAAAGCAGCUUCCUGGAGAGGCUGAUGGGAAACUUUGGAUGUGGAGUCGCUGUGGUAAGUGUAAAACUGGGAAUGGAAUAUCAAAAUCUACUAAGAGGGUGCUAAUUUCAACUGCCACCCGUGGUCUUUCAUUUGGAAAGUUCUUAGAGCUUGGCUUUUCUGACCACUCUUUAUCUGGUAGAUUAGCCAGUUGUGGUCAUUCUCUGCUUAGGGACUUCCUCUACUUUUUUGGGUUUUAUAUUUCCUUUGUGAACUCCUCUUGACCCUUCAAAAGAAUGACAUCUUAAUUCUGGUGUCUGAUCUUCAUGAGCAGGUUGG